AGCGUGGUUGACCAUGCCACGUGCACGCGUUGUUACCACGCUGAAGCAAAGAAUCUGCACCCGGGAAAUUCCCCCACCCCCAACCUCCCCCGCAACAAAAUUGGGAAGGAAAUUUAACGCGCGAUCACCGGUGGCAUAAAUAAUAGGAAUGCUCCACAUAUCUGAAUUCGAAUAUCCACUUCCUUCUAAACGCUGUUCCAAUGGAGUCCGCGCCGUGUAACACUAAUGGAGAAUUACGGUCGGUUGCUGCCGCGAAAGAUCGCCGGACAGAUGCGCUCGGCGACCUGCGCGUUAUCCCCGACGAAAUCUUAUGUGCUAUCUUGACUAGGCUUACGCCGCACGAUGUUGCUCGCCUCUCCUGCGUCAGCAGCGUGAUGUACAUACUGUGCAAUGAGGAGCCUCUCUGGAUGAGCCUGUGCCUUGGCAUUGUAAAUCGUCCGAUUGAGUACAAAGGCUCAUGGAAGAAAACAGCCUUGGAUCAACUAGAUUUUCUACACAAAUAUAUUGAAGCUUCCAGAAGAACAUUGCAAUUUGACGGAUUCAGUUCGUUGUUUCUCUAUAGAAGACUGUACAGAUGCCAUACUUCAUUAAAUGGAUUCUCUUUUGAUGAUGGUAAUGUGGAGAGAAAGGAGAACAUCCCCUUCGAAGAGUUUCUUAUGGAGUAUGAUUGUCAAAAACCGGUUAUGAUAAGUGGAUUGGCUGAUCAUUGGCCAGCAAGAAAGUCAUGGACAAGUGAAGAACUUUUAAUGAAGUAUCCAGAAACAAAGUUCAGAAUAUCACAGAGAAGUUCAAAGAAAGUCAGUAUGAAAUUUAAGGAUUAUGUUUCUUACACGCAAAUCCAACAUGAUGAGGAUCCUCUUUACAUUUUUGAUGAUAAGUUUGGGGAAGUCGCACCAGAUUUGUUAAAGGAUUAUAGUGUGCCACAUAUAUUUCAAGAAGAUUACUUUGAUGUGCUGGAUACUGAUCAGCGACCACCUUACAGAUGGCUUAUUAUUGGGCCUGAAAGAUCUGGGGCCUCUUGGCAUGUUGAUCCAGGUCUGACUAGCGCAUGGAAUACCCUCCUCUGUGGUCGAAAAAGGUGGGCAUUGUAUCCUCCAGGAAGAGUUCCUUUAGGAGUGACAAUGCAUGUAAAUGAGGAUGAUGGUGAUGUCAAUAUUGAAACUCCAUCUUCUUUGCAGUGGUGGCUGGAUUUCUAUCCCCUGCUUGCUGACAAUGACAAGCCGAUAGAGUGCACGCAACUUCCUGGAGAGACAAUAUAUGUCCCAAGUGGCUGGUGGCACUGUGUGCUAAAUUUGGAGACAACUAUUGCAGUCACACAAAAUUUUGUUAACUCCAAAAACUUCGAAUUUGUGUGUUUGGACAUGGCUCCUGGUUACCGUCAUAAAGGCAUCUGCCGUGCAGGGUUGCUUGCUCUUGAUGACAGUAGCUUUGUGGAUAUUGAAAAGAAUUCCCUGUGUAUUGAAAAUGGUUCAAGCUAUUUUGACCUCAAUAGGAGAGAGAAGAGGGUAAGGAUAGAGGACAAGUGCUCUGAGAAUUGUACAAAUGACAUGUCUAUGAGUGAUGGGUUUGGUGGUGAUUUAGAAUACUCUUAUGACAUAAGUUUCUUGACUAUGUUUCUGGAUAAUGAGAGGGACCAUUAUAGUUCUCUGUGGAGCUCUGGUAACUGCAUAGGACAGCGAGAAAUGCGAGAUUGGUUAUGGAAGCUUUGGGUCCAAAGGCCAGAACUUAGAGACCUAAUAUGGAAGGGUGCCUGUCUUGCGCUAAAUGCUGGAAAAUGGUAUGAACGUGUGGGAGCCAUUUGCAACUUUCAUGAAUUCCCAGGACCUUCACUUGAUGAGAAACUUCCUGUUGGCACAGGCAGUAAUCCUGUGUACCUUAUUGACGACUAUGUGAUAAAAAUAUUUGCUGAAGGAGGGCUGGAAGCUUCUCUUUAUUGUUUAGGCACCGAGCUUGAGUUCUACAGUAUAGUACAUAAGUCCAACUACUCCUUGAAGAAUUACAUUCCUUCUGUCUUAGCAAGUGGGAUUCUUCUUUCUGAAAAUGGGUCAUAUAGAGUAUUGCCCUGGGAUGGUAGAGGCAUACCUGAGCUGAUUGCCAGUUUCACAUCAAUAAAGCAUGAAGAAGGUGAUUAUCCAUUUGGUCUCUGCGCCAAAAAGAAUUUUGAAUAUCAAAAUGCUGGAAGGCUGUUGCAUGAAUCAGGAAAUUGUGCUAAACCCUCUUCAGUGUGGCCCUAUAUUGUGACAAGAAGGUGCAGGGGGAAAAUGUUUGCUGAACUGAGAGAUACACUCUCAUCAGAAGAUGAACUCAAUCUGGCUUGUUUCCUAGGCAAGCAGCUGCAUGAUCUCCACCUAUUACCUGUUCCCCAUCAGUCUUGUAAUGACUCAGUUCCCAUGGUCAGAGAAGAUCAUAUUCAGCCAUUAUGUUGUAGUGGGUUAUCAGAAAAUGGUCUGGAUAAGAUUGGCCAUCCAGCUGAUUUGGAGUUAUUUAUAAGCAUCCUAAACAGAAAAAGGGAGAAUGUUGUGAGACGCUUGGCUGAGUGGGGUGAUCCGAUACCUAGUAAACUGAUAGAGAAAGUUGAUGACUACAUCCCUCGUGACUUACAUGUAUUAUUUGAUCAAUUGGAGCAUGAGGCAGAAUGCAGAUCUUACACCUGGAUACACUCUGAUGUUAUGGACGAUAAUAUUUACAUGAUGCCUUAUUCAGAUUCUACAUUGGAGAAAAAGCUUUCUGAGCCUUGUGUGGAAGAGGGCACGUAUAUUAGCAGAUCUAACAACAGCAAUAAUCAUAAGCUUUCUUGGGUUCCAAGCUACAUCCUUGAUUUUAGUAAUUUGUCUGCUGGCGAACCCAUACUUGACCUGAUUCCAAUAUACCUUGAUAUUUUUCGUGGAGAUCCUCAUCUCCUGAAACAGUUCCUCACUAGUUAUAAGCUUCCAUUUAAGAGGAGAAAAUCCAUGGUGGAGGUGGUAAACAGCAACAGAUUGGAUCAGCUUUCUUAUCGAGCAAUGUGUUAUUGUAUUUUGCAUGAUGACAACGUCUUGGGAGCUAUUUUCAGCAUCUGGAAAGAAUUAAAGUCAGCAACAACAUGGGAGGAGGUUGAGGAGACAGUUUGGGGUGAUCUCAACAGUUACAUUUAGCUUAUUGGAUAUACACCUCAUUUAGUAAUUGUCCUUGCUCUACCAUAUCUUUUGUUCUAUCUUUUAUGAAGAUUUUCUGCUUUUCUGAUUUAUUGAUUUUUAAUACUAGAAUUACAACGUGUAACAACAGUAAGUGUGUAAUACCCCAAUCCCGAUAUUGGAAUGUGUAAUUUAAUGA